UCAGCUUAACUGAGGCUACAGAAAAAAUGUUUGCCUACUGCCGCCACUAGAUGGCAGCAAAUACCGCGAAGACGGCAGAGAACAAUCCUUUGAAGAGGACAGCGUUGAGCCUUUUUAAAUGACAUAAUCCAGUUGUUUCUUUCUUUUUCCCUCCUUUUUUAUGUUUUUAUCAUCGAUAACUGUCACUAGAUGAUGUUUUAUCUUUAUACAGUAGGAGUAGUAGACUUUCAUUUUUAUCUUUCUGAUUUUCAAACAGAUGCUAGAUAAUAAAGCAAAUGUUUGAGAAAAAAAAAGUUUGCUUUGAUUUAUUUCAUCCUAAAUAGUUGUUCUUUUUACCAGGAUGGUUGUAGAACACUGGUUGUGUGGCCAUCUGGUAUGCAGCGCUCAUGUUUCUGCUGACACUGCACACUGUUCAGUUACACAUGCAGUUGUAACUACCAGCAGUGUGGGAGGGUUCACUGCAUUAUGCAGCAUUCAGAAAAAAAUUUCUUUAAGAACUACAUUGCACCCUUCUUUGGUUUUCAAGCUGCUAAAUGGCAGCUUUACACUCUAGUGUGGUGGUAGCUUCUGUAAGAGGAAAUACCGCAUUCGGGUGUAUUCCCCCAACACUGCUACAGAGAACGUGGGAAGGGCUACAUUCACUGAAUGCAAACUCAUCUCUCUGGACAUUAAUAGCUGGAAAAUAGGUAAAAAUAUUUAGAUUUUCUCAAAACAAAAUAUGUUUUGUAGUCUAUUUUUUCCAUGAAUUAAAAAUGCUCACAAAAUAAGACUUUACAGUCCACUGAAGUAGUUUGAUAUUGUCUCUUUGUUAUAUCCCUUUUUUUAUUAUUAUUUUUUUUUUCGGGCUGGGCAACCGUCUCCUUUAAUCUGCAGCCUGUGUGCUUCAUCACUAUUGGGAUUGCCCCUCGAUUGCACCAGUAGAUGCGAAGGAUGGAUGCAGUUUUUCAUUAUCACCACCAGAGGGACGCCUGCUGAGCUUGUACAAUGCAGUCACAAAGGAGACAGAGCUCUUCAGCAUCUUUGCAUCGCAGCCAUGGCCACCGCGGAAUCAGUGUUUCCAGACCAAAGUGACUUUCACUAUGAUUAUGAGACACUGAGGACUACAGGGGUCAUCCUUGCUGUCGUUAUGUUUGUCUCUGGCAUUUUAAUAGCCCUGACUCCAGCACGUCUGGUACCCAGAUACCAAAAACAGAAGUUCCUCCUCCAGCUGUAUAGAAAAUGUAGCACAUGCCUACGAAGGAAGAGUGCCGUCACAGGACCCCUGCUGACAAAAGCAAUGUUUUCUUGUAAUGUGUUUUUGGCAAAAAUAUAGAAUAUAUCUGACAUCCGGAUUUUCAAUAAACCGGGUCAUCCAAUGCAUCUUAAUUUGAUCCCUAUACUUAUGGUUACCUUAGGUAAAAAUUUUCUCAUAAAAAUGAUCCCAUCCACAAGAGUCUGCUUAACAGAACACAUGAAGAAAAUGUGAUUUGUCUUAAAUAUAUUUUAUUUGUGUUGAGUAAUAAAAUUGGCAGCAUGAUUACAAAUCAUACAUUUGUCCAGUUUGCAUCACUGUAAGUACUGCACAUGUUGGUCAAAAGCAACAAAAGAUUUUCUGACAUGUUUGUUAUUUUGUCUUCCACGAUCAUUUCAUGGGAGAAAAUGGAGAAAAUAGCUUAAUAAUACAAUAAAUAGAAACACAAAGCAUAACAAUCAUAGUCAUUCUGUAAUGCCUUAGAUGUUAAAACAGCUUAAAAAAAAUCAGAUUAAGGCAGUAAAAAAAUUCAAAUGACCUUUUUUUUUUCCAGACCUAAUUAGGCAAAUUUUAAAUGAAUAUUGCCUAUUGUUGAAACUCAUAUUACCUCAUAUGUCACUGAAAUAGUUUUACAGUAAUCUUAGUCAGGAGCUGCUUGAAAUGGAGUUAAUCAUGCAGUAAGAUUAAUUAUUUUCUUUGUGCUAUAGAGAAAUGUCAAAGAUGACACACGAGUGACAGACUUAAUGAUUGUCAUUAGACAUGCUACAAGGUUUCAUCCUCAUCAUCAUAUCGGUACAGGUAGGUGGGUAAAAAGAGAUCUUGAAAAAUAAAUAAUCUUUCACUACAAGUGUAAAUUGCUGCCUCACAAAGCUCUUACAGUGGGAUG